GCUUUAGCAUGGGAUGCCUCGCGUCCAAGUCGAGGCGGGUCAACGUGCCCCCCCCCAGUGUACACGUAGUCAGCCCCCAAGUGUCCGUGCAUGACAUCCCUCAUGACGCACUGCCCAUCACUCCCCGUCCCCCCUCAACAACGACCAACACCCCCAACACCACCAUCCACUCAACCGACUCGCGAGAGGCCACGGCGUCGUCCAAAGCCCAUCGACUGAGCAAAGCAUUCUCGUCGAGUGGUUUGCCCGGUGGUGGGGGGUCUGGCCGAAGAAACAGUCGGCACCACACCAAAGGCGUGCUGGCCAGCGUCCGUAGCCACCUGUCCCUGCUGAAUACGAGCAACCGCAGCGUCAACUCCAACCGCAGCAGUCGCAACAGCUUUGGCGUGUCCACCAGUGGCGGCAGCAUGAAAGGCUACAAAUUCGACGCCAUGCUGGAGCCCGACCCAGGAUCCAACCACACGCUCGUGGACAGUGCGUUUCGAGCCAAGGGAUACCGCUGGAUUAUCAGCCAAGUCGAGAGCAAAACGCUCGCUGCGCUGGACGUGCACAAGAGCUACAUGGGGGACGACUUGCAGCACGAAGUCAAGCUCUUCCACGGCGGGGACGUCGUCGACGCCGUGCGUAAUCGCAAUGUGAUGACGGUUUUGGACACUUAUGCCAAGUGCUUAUGGGACGCACUCACAAUGUCGGCCACGACAUCGAUGUGGAGGGUGCAGUGCUUGGAAGUUGUGGACGCUGCCACGUGCUACACGCAAGUGAUGGUCGUCGAUGGCAUCAGCCCUGGCCACCCCCUGGUGCUGAACGUGCUGCUCAAGUUUGUGCGGGAGUCUGUCGAUCGCCAUGUGAUUGUGCUGCGCAACAUUGCCGAAGACGCCAAAUUUCCGUUGCCGCGACAGUCCAUUGCCUUUAGUGUCAGUGGAUGGAUUGUACUCGAUCGUGCGUUGGUCGCGUCCGGGAGGCGGCUCGGGUUUGAGCAAAAUCCCAAGCCAGCCACACACGCCCGCAGUUUGUUUCGAUGUCGCGCCACCAAAGACUCAACUGAGCCGUCGAUACCACUGUCCCCACAUUCGGAAGGCCCCACGCAACCCCAUCCAGACGAUGACGAGGACACGGCGGCUGAUAUGAGCGAGUGGCUUAUGAAUGCCAUCGUUCAGAUUUUUCACGCCAUUGAAUCCAGCGCCAUCCAGCAGCUAUCCACCAUCGACAUUAAACCUAAACGAUGACAUAG